UCAAUCGUCUUCCAGUGCCUGCAUAGCCUCAUCAGGCACCAGGCCACUAAGAUCCACCCCAUCCAGCGGCCCUCGUCGAUGUGCCAGGGCAGAGACGGUCGUGUUGCACAUGACGCACGAGCUGGGGCAGGCGUCCAUCAGCCUCGUGCAGUCCGCCACUCCUUCGGGCAACGGCCGGUGCCACAACUCCGCCAGCGUCGCCAGCCUUCGGACAUACACACGCACACACAUAGACAAAUGGACUACACACCAUCUCUCUCUCUCUCUCUCUGUGUGUGUGUGUGUGGAGCAGACCUGAUGGCGCAGUCGUGUUUCUUCGUUUUCGCUGCCCAGAUGAGCAGUUUACAGUUCUUGCCAUGUGCCUUCACCUCCGGCGAGUCCUGGCAGGGGUGAAUGGCGGGGUCGUGGAACUUUCCUGAGGGACACGUGUCGGGCGACGUGGCUGCAGGCAGGAAGGCAACACGCACAGACGGGCAGACAGGCAGAGAAUGUCCACGUGCGUGUGCCACAAUGUGUGUUUGCAGAGAGGCGGCUCACAGCAGGCCUUGUCCUCCGGGCAGCCGUGGCUCUUGCACUGUGCGUCACACACGUCGUCUGCUUGGUAUGUACUCGGGCACCAGGCGGACUCGCACACGGCGGCCUCCUGAAGAUGACGCGUCACCAAAUCGAUGCUGCUGCUGCCUCUGCCUGGCCGCCCGCCUGCACGCCGCACCAACACACAGAAACGGACCUCUGUGGUCAUCUCGUCUUUUGGUGUGUUACCUUGCGAUAGUGUCGCCACGCAGCCCAGGAGCACCCCAACGAAAGCUAUACGUCCGCACACCAUUGCAGAGCGAAAUAGAAAGACUUUCUCAACGGCCGCU